UUGAUAUGCAUUAGGAACGAAAGUAAAUGUAGGUGUUGUACAGUAUAAAUACGCGCAAGUUUGGGGCAGUGAUCAGUUCAGUCCGGUGCCUCACAGAUACCUACCAAAUAUGUUCUUUAAGCUUGCUUUGAUUGCGUGUGCUUUUGUGGCGUCGUAUGCCCAACACCACCAUGGAGCGUCGUCUUACGCUUCGCUCAAUUUGGGUUAUGGUCAUCACGUUGCGCACGCCGCUCCAGUUGCUUAUCACCAUGCGGCUCCUCUGAUCCACCACGCUGCUCCCAUCGUCCACCAUGCUGCUCCUCUUGUUGCUCACGGACAUGCUGCGCACCACGUCGACUAUCACGCACACCCGAAAUACGAAUUCAACUAUGGCGUAUCCGACGCUCACACACACGAUAUCCACAGCCAACACGAAGUACGUGACGGAGACGCGGUCCAUGGAGAAUACUCCCUUCACGAAGCCGAUGGUACCGUCCGUACCGUAAAGUACACAGCCGAUGACAAGAACGGUUUCAACGCAGUCGUUGAGCGAUCUGGACACGCUGUUCAUCCUGAAACCCAUGCCAAAAUUGCGCUUGUAGGUCACCAUGGUGCUCAUCAUCACUAUUAAAGCACCAUAAACUAAAUUAAUGUUGUUACCAUUGUUAUUCUUCAUUAAAUUUCAUCAAUAAAUGUGUACAUACUUCCGUAAA